AUGAAAAGUUCAAAAAGUAAGCCUGUUUUUGUGCUAGAUUGUGCAUCAACGACAAGCAAAAUGUCAGAGUACAACGGACUGCGAGAUGGAAAUCUUGCAGGCUUCUUCGCUUCAAAAAAGCGCAGAAAACUGUUGUGAAAGCAUGGACUGAUUACGAAAAACGGCCUUAUUGUUGAGAAAGCAGUCACAAGUCAAUUUGCAGACACAAAAAGAUCGAAGCCUUAUCUUCUGAAUAGUGAUCAGUUCCAGGCUGAAGAAAAUAAUGUAAAAUCAGUCAAAAACAUCAAGUCUGUUUCCCCCAAAACUGUAGGAGCAGGCAAAAAAACAUUUGAUAAAAAAGAAGUAAAACCCCUGAGCAGCGAAGAAUUAAAGCAAAUGCUUCAAAAAUACAGGAAAAGCGAUGCUGAUAAAAGUGAAAACGCGAAUAGCAGCGAUAGAAAACAAAUAGAUGCGAUAAAGCCUGAAAAAGCAAAAUCAAGUGAACAAAGCCCAGUCAAUAGAAAAGAAGAGAGUAAAAAUUCACAAAAGCCAGAAAUCGUCAAAAAAAAGCCGACUAUUGAAGAGAAAAAAGAAAUGCCUGUUAAAAAGCCGACUAUUAAAGAAAACAAGCCAGAAACAGAAAUUGUUGAAGACAAUAAAAUUCAGCCAGAAAGCAGAAAACAAACUAUAAAAGAAGACGGAGCCAGUGAAGAGAAAAAAUCCCAGCCCAGCAGUAGAAAACCAACUAUAAGAGAACCAGAACAAAAAGAUGGUAUUGAAGAAAAUAAAGAAUCUCUAACAAAGCAGCCAACUCUAAAAAAAGAAGAAGCAAAGGCUGAAGAAAUUCAAGAAGGUUUAAUUAAACAGCAAACAUUGAAAAAAGAAGAUAUUGGUUCUUCAGAAAUUAAAGAAGAUAUUGAUGCAUCUGGGAGUUAA